GGUCAUUGCAAAUUAAGUUCUUACGCUACAUGACGACCACGAAGUUUAAUGAAUACUAACCCGAAUUCUCUUGUCAGUCAGUUUGUGCAAGGGAUUAAAUCUCGUAGUGAAGAUGAUAGAUUUAAAACUGUGGCCGAAUUAUGCAAAGUAGUAAGCAGUGAACUGAAAGAGGUAUCAAACCAAAACUACGUUAUAUGUUUGGAUUUGUUAUGUAAUGAGUUAAUUAACAUAAUUUCUAAUGGUGAUAUACAUGAAAAGAAGGGGGCUAUAGUCGCAAUGGGUUGUUUAGCUGAGGUGGAUUUUAUGAGUGUUCACAAUCAUUGUCAACGUUUUGUAAAACAGUUGCUCACUCAGUCAGUAACUACAGAUCUUCAGCUAACAGCUUUAGAAGCGAGGCUCAUUGGGCAAUUGGGUUUAGUAUUUCCAUAUGAUUUUAUUGAAGAGCAAACCAAGAAUGCUUGUAGUAUACUAUCGAAAGAUAGUUCUGAUGCACAAAAACACUUCGCAAUCCUAACUUUACGUGAAUUUAUUUUGCAUACACCAACAAGCUUCUGUCAACAUAUGGGUUCAUUUAUUACAGCCAUUCUUUCUGCUCUUCGAGAUAAAAACUCGAUUACAAGGGAGUUGGCUGGAGUUGCGUUGCGCUGUGCGUUCAUUUUAACUGCUAAACGCGAACAGAGACGCUACAGAACAUAUUUAAGUGUGGACCAUAGUCGUAUGGGUGAAGGACCUGGAAGUUUUUCAAAUCUUGAAGGUGGUGCAUCAUCUGUUUCCAAUCGAAUGUUUUUCUCUGCUACUGGAAAUUCACGUCAUAAAACUAAUCCCAAUUCUAUGAGUACCGUCAAUUUUCCUGGUCUUGGAUAUUCCGUGAGUGAUACAAACUCUACGUCGUCACCAUUUAUUUGGUAUCGUGAUUGUUUAAUCGAAUCCAUACGAACCCAAAGUGAACCAGCUCCGUUAAUUUUGCAAGAGCAAUCAAGUCAUACUUCCAGUUCUAGAAAACUCAAUCGAGAUGAUUGGAUACAUGGGAAUAUAUUAAUACUUCAGGAAUUACUUUUCUGUGUUCAACCACAGUUUUCCAAAUUGCUAAUGGAGUUGGACCAGAUGUGUGGGUUGCCAUUGUUUGAAUUUCUUACUGUGAGCCACAGUGAAGGGAGUUUAGCAGUACGUACUGUACUGUCUACAAGAUGGCCCAUUGUCAAUGCUUCAUGUAUUUCAGUAGCUAUUGGAGUUCUUCCUGGCAACCCAUUUUGUUCGUCUGAUUCAGAACAAUUACCGAAUUUAGCACUUGAAGUACUUGGUUUACGAGAUGGUAUAAAACAGGAAUCUAACGGCUAUCAACAGCAUCAUGAACAACAACAAUAUGGACGACAGAAUUUCAGUAAUUUAUCUUCUGAGAUCUGUCUGUGUCUUCUAUUGGAGAAUAUUGACAAAAUAUGGGCUUCAGUAUUGAUGUGGAUUAAUAGUCGCAAUCAUCAGAUAAUGUUUUUACUAUACAAACUGAUUCCUCGUCUUGUUGCUUUAAAACCUAGUGAAUUUCAAGAUACCGAACGUCAGCGUACUGUAAUGGAAUGGAUGCUUCAAUGUUUGCGUAAGGAAAAAGAGAAACCCAUGAUUUUGUUAAAUUUAUCUUUAAUUUGUUAUUUUAUGGGUCCUGAAUUCGCUACAUCAAAUUAUCUCACUCAAAUUUUCCAAUCAAUUCGUUCUUAUCUACCAACACAAAAGGAUGUUUCGAAUAAGAAGCGUUCACCUGCCUUGGAAACAUCUGCUAUUUUAUCUGUCAGUCUUUUUACAAAAUCUCUCGGUCCUGCAAUUAACGAAUCAGUAAACCAGAUACUAGAUGCAAUGGUAGCAUCUGGCUUGAAUCAACCUUUAAUUGCUUCUUUUAAAGUGAUUGCUAUGCAUAUCCCUCGAUUACGUAAAGAAAUUCAGGAUUGUCUACUAAACAACAUCAGUUUAGUUCUAAUGAAUAAUAGCGGAGGUAGCUUCAGUCACCUUCAUUCACAUAUAACAAAUACUACCACUGGAGAUAGCACUGCAUCAACCCUAUCUUUUUUUCCGAAUCUAAUAAAUCUUGUCGGGGGAACUAUUCAUAGUGGAAGUUCUGGAACAAAUGUGCCCACUUUAAGCUCAAAUAAUACAUGUUCUUCUGCGUUAGCUGUGGGUGCUAAUACUGUGAAUUCCAGUACAAGUGCUUUUCCGUUUUCCUCUGCAACACGUUUUGUUUUUGGACCGUCCACAAAAGGUCAUAGUUCAAAACAAACUAGUUCUAUAGGAUUAAAUGCUACUGGGACUGAAUUUGCUCAUGUGGCUAUUCCUGGAGGAUUUUCAGCUUCUGGAGAAUUAUCUACAGAUGUGGCAGUUGUGGCUUUGGCAUUGAAAACUCUAGGGAGUUUCAACUUUGAUGGUCAUACUUUGGCACAUUUUGUUCGACAUAUUUGUGACAAUUUUAUAUCUAUUAGUACAUGCGAAGUAAAAGAAAUCCGUUUGGAAGCGGUUAAAACUUGUGCUCAUCUAAUGAUUCCUUGGCUCAAGUCCACUGAAACACAACAAUGGUAUGCUCGACCAGCUUUAAAUACGGUUGCUGAUGUUUUGAAUAAGUUGCUGACUGUAGGAAUAAGUGAUCCAGAUCCUGAUGUUCGGCGUUGUGUAUUCCUAUCCUUUGAUCAACGUUUUGAUCUUCAUUUAGCUCAGUCAGAUCACUUAAAUUAUCUUUUCUUGGCUUUGUACGAUGAAGUUUUUGAUAUUCGCUGUUUAGUAAUGCAACGUCUAGGUCGUCUAUCGGAUAUUAAUCCUGCAUGUGUCCAACCUAAUCUACGAAAAGUUUUGUUACAUACUUUAAAUGAUCUAUCUCAUAGUGGUUCAACUAGGAACAAAGAACAAUCAGCUUUAUUAUUAUCGUGUUUAAUUGCUACAGCACCUAGAUUUCUUAUUCCUUAUUCUGAACCAUUAAUUCAUAUUUUACUACCACGUAUUCGACAAGCUUUACCAGCAUCAUUACGUGCUAGUUUAAUAGUGACUAGUUUUUCUAGACUACAAAAUUCCACUUUUACAAAUAAUAAAGAAAUCGAUUGUUCUUCGUCGCUUUUGCCUGCUGAACGUUUACCUGCAAGUAUUCAAUUAAUUCAAAAUGUAAUUUUAACCACACAAAUUGCUGCAAAUGCUGCUUCAGCUUCUGCAAAUGCAAUUGCUUCUGCCGUUGCAGCUUCUGCUGGUCUAGGUGGUGGUCUACAUUUCCCUCUUACCGCCAAUACAUCACAACGUUUAACACGACGUGCUCCUACUGGUCACAUUGGGGCAAAUCAAAUUGGCCCAGCCCUAGCCGCUGCGAAUGCAAUCGCUAUGGCUACGGGGGCAGCGACAGCGGCUGCAGCCGCUGCUGGUGCAGUAAUGGCUGCAACUGGUCAAAAUACUACUACUAAUACUAGUGGUGGUGGUUUCGGAAUAUUCAAUACAGAUGCAAAGAAUCUAUUUGGAACUGGUUUGGUACCAAAUUAUGGCUUUAAAUCCGAUGUACCUAUGCAUGAUCUAGCAGCAAUUGUUGAACGCUUUGGUAAUUUAAAUUUCGAUUACAAUAGGGAUACUUAUUUCAAUUUCGAAUUUCCUCCUGGAGCAUAUCCGCCAUCUGUAUAUCUUCUAAAUUCAACACCUUUGAUUGAUUCAUAUAUGCUUGGAGAUCAGUAUUCUAGCACAAAUCAAUCAUGGUCAGAAUACAGCAUGUCUAGAAUGAGUGAAAAUUCAUCAACUGCUCAAUGGACUGAACCAACACCUGUAAUUGUUGCAUUAUUUACAACAUUAGGGCGAUUAGCUGCUGUAGCGCCACGCUCUAUUUAUCAUUAUAUGGAUGAAUUUAUACCUAUUCUAGCCUAUAUGAUGCAAGAUACAUCGUGUUUUUUAAAGCGAUCAAUUGCUGUUUGGACUCUAACUAGACUAGUUUCUCACACUGGUUAUGUUGUUAUCCCGUAUAAACGUUAUCCUCAGUUGUUGAAUAUUCUGUUAGGUAUGCUAAAACGUGAAGAAAUCAAAUGUAUCCGUCAAGAGGUAUUGAGAGCUCUUGGUGUUCUUGGUGCACUUGAUCCCUUCAAGUUCAAAUUAUAUUCCGGUCAAGUUGAUACAUACGGUGAUACAGGAAUUGCUGUGAGUCAUCAUGAAGUAGUUGAACGUAAAGAUGUUGAUAUAACCCAAUCAGAACUUGUUAUCAAUUUGUCUUGGGAAAGUCGUGAUGUUUUCUUCUCAGUUUGUGCUCUAUCUGCACUGAUUCAUUCACUACGAGAUCCUGCACUUCACAGCCAAUAUGGUAGCAUUGUACAUACGAUAGUUUAUGUUUUAAAACUAUUGGGUCCACGCUCAGUGAUUUAUCUACGUCAGCUUAUACCGGAUUAUUUUCGAUGUUUAGAAAAUACACGUGAUGCUAGAUUACAAGAGUUUCUUAUUCGUCAAUUGGGUAAUGUAAUGACUAUCGUGCAAUUGAAUACAAAAGAAUUUGCUCAUGAAGUAAUUGAUUUAUUAAUCACUCAUUGGUGGAUUGCUCCAAAUGUUCAACGUGCAUGUAUUGGUUUAUUAAGUCCAAUGUCAUCUGUAUUAGGCGCUGAAUUUCGUACAUACUUAACACGUCUUAUACCAACCAUAUUGAGAAUGUUUCAUCAUGAAUCAAAUGAAUCAAAUUUAAUUGCUCUUUUAGAAGUUCUUCCAGAAUUUGGAUACACACUUAAGGAUUAUGCUCAUAUUAUUGUUCCUGCAAUAUCAAGUUUAAUUGAUAUUACCAGCGAAGCCAGUCUUUUUGUGCUAUUAAAUAGGGUUUCAGAAAUUUCAUCGAAUCACAUUACUACUACUACUAAUACUACCACUACUUCUACGACUGCUACUACUACUUCAACGUCAAUUUCACACUCAGCUAUGCCUAACUAUAAAUCACAGUUAGACACAGAUACUAUUGAUUUGUCGAAUAUUCUCAGCAGUGUUCCUGAAAAUAAUUGUCCGUCAACUAAUGAUACAAAUGUAGGUGUAAUUCAGGCAUCGAAUACAAGCACUGUACCAAAUGGUUUAAAUCAACAAAUAUUAACUGAUAAAGUGGGUAGUGUACAUCUUCGUAAAGCGUGUUUAGAAUGUUUAGCACGAUUUACAGAUUGUGUUGAUUUAGAUGAUUUUGCUGGACAAAUAAUUCAUCCAAUAUGCCGUUUACUUUUAACAUUGGAAUCAUGUCAUCAAAGUUAUCAGCAGUUAUUACAUCAACAACAUCAUUUAUCAUCGACAAAAUCAUCAGCUUCGUUGGGUAGUCAAGCAUGUUUGAAUGCAAUUAAUGAACUUCGUGUACCGGCUAUGGAUGUGUUAACUGGAUUGUUGUAUCGUAUGGGUCAAAAAUUCAAAUUUUUCCUGCCUUUAGUACAAAAGAUGCUAAGUCGUUUGCAGUUACACACACCUCGAUUUAAUACUGUGCUUGGACAAGUUGAAAAAGGUGCCUAUCUACCGACAACUAGUGAUCGUGCGCACGUUAAAUUUACCAGCAUUUCUACACGUAAUCGUGCACAAAAAUUGAAUGUUGAUGAUUCAGAAACACCUGGGACUGUUAAACUUUUAAAAAUUAACAAUACUAAUUUAGAACGUGCCUGGCAUUCUUCUCGUAUGGUUAGUCAUGAUGAUUGGAGUCAGUGGUUGAAAACAUUGAAUAUGGCACUUUUACGUGAAUCACCAAGUCCUGCUAUUCGUGCAUGUAGUCAGUUGACAGCUAUUACACCUGGGAUAGGUCGUACUUUGUUCAAUGCUGCAUUUCUUAGUUGCUGGCCUGAAUUAAAUUAUCAUCAACAAGAUGAUUUAAUCAAUACUUUAGAACGUGUACUACGUGUACCAGACCAGUCACCAGAAGUUAGUCAAACUAUAUUAAAUCUUGAAGAGUUCAUGGCUCAUAUGGACAAAUAUUCAAGUUCAUCACAUCGAGUUCACUUACCAUUACCUUUGGGUGUUUUAGCUGAUCGAGCAUUAAAAAAUCGCGCUUAUGCUAAAGCAUUAUAUUAUAAAGAACAAGAAUUUCUCAUGGAAUCUGAAAAACGUUCUUGUCCUAGUCCGGCAACUUUAUCAUCUUUACUUACCAUAUAUAGUAAAUUGAAUUUAGAGGAAGCAGCAAAUGGAGUAUUGUUGUAUGCAACACGUAGCACUCAAGAUAAACUGGCUAAUGAAGAAGUUUGGAGAGAAAAAUUACAUGACUGGAAAUCUGCUUUAAAUUUAUAUGAACGUAAAUUAGAAGAUGAUCGAAUAAAAGACAAAAGUUCUCUUAUUCUUGGUCGAAUGCGAUGUCUUCGAGCUUUAGGUCAAUGGGCUCCAUUAAACAAUAUGGCUUGGGAACGUUGGAAUGAUGUGAAUGAUCAAAUGCGUGCAUUAAUGGCGCCGUUAGCAUGUAGUGCAGCAUGGGCUCUUAAUUCAUGGGAUCGUGUUGAACGUUAUACUGAAGCUCUAUCAGCUGAUAACAGUUUUGAUGGUGCAUUCUAUAGAGCUGUUUUAAAUAUACAUUCUGAACAAUAUGCUAAAGCUUGUGAUUUCAUAAUGAAAGCACGUGAUGUCCUAGAUUCUAACUUAACAGCUAUGGCUGAAGAAAGUUACAAUCGUGCAUAUGCUGAUUUAGUGGGCACUCAGCUGUUAUCUGAAGCUGAAGAAGUUAUACAAUAUAAACUUAUACCAGAAAGACGUUCAAUUCUUCGUGAAGCAUGGCAAUCUCGUUUACUUGGUUGUAAUUCUGUAAUAGAAGAUUGGAGUCAAAUCAUCCAACUACGCAGUUUAGUCUUGGAACCAUAUGAAGAUCGUAGAUCUUGGUUACGCUUUGCUGGACUGUGUCGUCGAAGUGGCCGUUUUAUUUUAUCACGUCAAGUAUUAGAAAAUCUGUUGGGUUUAGAUCCAGCUGGUAUUCCACCAUGUGAUCCUAUUCCAAGUUCUGAUCCAGCAAUUGUAUUUGCAUAUACUAAACUACUAUGGGCAGUUGGAGCGCAUGAAGAAGCGGUUAGUCGUUUAUGUGUUUUAAAAACACAUGUGUUAGAGCCAUUACUUCGAGCUGAAACAGGAAUAAACAGUGCUCAGCAAUCAUCAGUUUUCCAACUUUUAUCUCCGAAUAUAUUGAAUGCCAAUGAGACAUUAGAUGGUUUAGAUUCAAGGCAAAUAGAAAUUCAAAUUAUUAACGAACGAAAGGAAUUAAGGAGGCUGUUAGCGAAAUGUUGUUUGAAAUUAGGAUCAUGGUAUUCAGAAUUGUAUACACGUUCACCACCUGGCGGUCAUCAAAUAGACAAUCAUUCAUUAGCUCAUACACCUAAUUCAGUCUUUACAGCUGCCAGUGGAAACGGACUACAGUUUUCGGUGGCUGCUGCAGCACGUACUUUAUCAAAAGUGAAUUCUAAUAGUGAUGUGAUAGAUAAUAUACAUCCAUCUCAAAUUUCACGUGGAGCUGGAAUGCGUUUAUCAAAUAAUUAUAAUGGAAUAGUAGUUGGUGGACGUGAAUCAAGUAAUCGUAACGGUUCACGGAUUCGUCGAACUGCUUCUGCUGCUGGAGGGACAUCAGUAGUAAAUGAAAAUCUGGCCACGUCCAAUAUAGCUCAGACAUGGGAAGAAAGUCAGGCGUUUGUUAUUCAAUGUUAUCAAACAGCGACAUUACAUGCACCAGAUUGUCGUAAUACAUGGCAGUCAUGGGCUAUGGCUAACUAUGCUGUAUUCAACCAUUUGGAUACAUUGAAAGCUUGUUUGGAAAGAGCGGAACUAGAAUUGAAUAAAGUUGGCGCUAUUGAUAAUCAUAGUUUAUGGAUGUCCCGGCGUAAUUUCUCAUCUUCCACUGGAAUUCAUGGAUCGGGAGUUAAUCACAUGCAAUCUUCAAAUUUACCUGUUGGUAAUAUUUCAUCUAAUUUUUCUCCCUUACCACCACCUAUAGCAGAACUUGUCCGUGCGAAAACCGAUCUACAGAGAUGUAUGGAAUUACAUGCUGCUCCAUCUGUUAAGGGUUUCGUCAAUUCAAUAAGUUUGUCACCAACUGCUAACUUACAGGAUAGUUUACGUUUAAUCAAUCUAUUAUUUAAAUUUGGUCAUUUAACUGAAAUUCGUGAAGUGAUACGUGAAGGUUUAACUAAAAUACAUUUGGAUAAUUGGUUACUUGUUAUACAACAAUUAUUAGCUCGUAUUGAUACACCUAGAGAAUAUGUUGCUACUAUCAUAAUUGAUUUGUUAAUAUCUGUUGGACAACGUUAUCCACAGUCUAUGGUUUAUCCGUUAGUAUUAGCAUUUAAAUCUGGUGGCUCUGAUCGUCGGCGUUAUAACGCUAAUCGUAUUCUUUACAGUAUGGAAGAACAAAAUUCACGUUUGAUAUCAGAAGCAUUUUUACUAAAUGAAGAGUUAAUUCGUCUAUCGAUAACAUGGGUUGAAAUGUGGUCAGAAGCAUUGGAAGAUGCAAGUCGUGUUUAUUUCGGUGAGAAAGAUAUUGCGAAAAUGUUUCGAUUAUUACAUCCAUUACAUCAAAUGAUGGAUCGUGGUCAUGAAACAAUUCAUGAAGCAACAUUUCUACAAGAGAAUGGUAAUGAUCUUGUUGAAUCUCGAUUAUGCUGCGAAAGAUAUGAGUUAACGCAAGUUAGAAUUGACUUACAGAAAGCAUGGGAAGGUUAUUAUACUUUGUAUAGACGUUUCGCCAAGCAAGUAAACAACAUGACAACUUUAGAACUUACAGUGUCCUCACCUCGUUUGCAUGAAUAUGGACAAGAUUGGCAGUUAGCAGUACCUGGAAGUUAUGAGCCUCACCGACCACUUGUAAGAAUAGCAUCAAUUAAGAAUUGUUUAACUUUUAUCACCUCCAAACAACGUCCACGUAAAUUAACGAUCACAGGUUCAAAUGGUCACCAAUACGUGUUUUUGUUAAAAGGACAUGAAGAUACUCGUCAAGAUGAACGUAUUAUGCAAUUUUUCGGACUUGUAAACACAUUGUUAAUCAAUAAUCCGGAAACGUUACGUCGUAAUUUAACGAUUCAACGGAUGUCUGUUAUUCCAUUAUCUACUUACACUGGAUUGAUUGGUUGGGUUCCAAACAGUGACACAUUCCAUAAUUUGAUACGUGAUUAUCGGGAAAAAGCUGAUGUUGUGCUAAACAAAGAGAAUCGUGAAAUGCUUCGUUUGGCACCAGAUUUCGAUCGUCUAAAUGUUAUACAAAAAACUGAAAUAUUUGAAGCUGGGUUAAGAGAGUCAUCUGGGAGAGAUUUAGCUAAUAUUUUAUGGUUAAAAAGUCACAGUUCUGAAGCAUGGUUUGAGCGUAGAACGAAUUUUACACGAUCUAUGGCUACCAUGUCUAUGGUUGGUUAUAUUUUGGGGUUAGGAGAUAGGCAUCCAUCGAAUAUAAUGUUGUCUCGAGUGACAGGCAAAGUGGUGCAUAUUGAUUUUGGUGAUUGUUUUGAAGUAGCUACAAUGAGAGAAAAAUUCCCAGAGAAAGUACCAUUUCGGUUAACACGUAUGAUUAUUUCUGCUAUGGAGGUGACAGGAAUAGAUGGUGUUUAUCGCCAUACCUGUGAAAUGGUUAUGUCUCUUUUACGUUCCAAUCGUGAAAGUCUUCUUGCAGUUUUAGAGGCAUUUAUUCAUGAUCCAUUGUUACAGUGGGUACUCCAUGAAAACCGUAAAGAAUUUAAUCACUUAGAAAAUAAGCUAGACGACGGAGGUGGUGGUGGCGGCGGUAUAGCUCCAGCAAUUGGAACAAACUGUUUGGCAAAUGGUACUGGUGGCGGUGUUCAUGGUGUAACAACUGCUAAUAAUCAGUCAGUACAGUUGAAACCUGGUGCACGCAAUUCAGAUUAUCCACAUAGACAAGUGUAUGCUCAUCAACAGGUAAACUUAUGGAUUGAUUUAUGUAUGCUGCACUGUAUAUCCAUGCACACUAACAGGUAUACUUAUUAUCUUGUAUUUUCAGCAGCUUUCAUUAACAAGCUCUUAAUACAAGGUUGUGAAGGAAUCCAUUUCUGCAAGAAAGAUAUCUUUUAUUUGUUUAAUACAAAUCUUUGCUCUUUUAUAUUUGGUACUUGUUAAUACUUAAUGAUGAGUUGUUCAUUUAGUUAGUGACUAUUUCCUAAAACAAGUUUAUGCCUUGAUUUCAGUGAGUUUUAUUUAUUACACCAACGAAAUAUUAUUAUUAUCAAAGGGAAGGAAUAUUCCUAUUAGAUUUCUGUAAAGGGCGAUUUGUGCUUUACUCUCAGACAAGUAAACAUUAAACUGUAAUACAAAUGAAGAAAAAAGUCAAUACUGAGUGCAAUUUUAUUUUCACCAUAGAUAGUUUUGGAAUUUAUGUAUUAUUAGAUACAGUUCAUGUUUGACUAAUCACCUCAUCAGUAACACCCUUUUUCAUCGAUAUCAUAAAUUAAUCUAAGUUAGAUCAUCAUUUAAAACCUGGAAGCUCCCCAAAGCCUUUUCGUUCUUAUAUAACUCUUAGGUAGCGCACAUCCACUAGCCGCGCACGCAGGAUUCAAACCCAUGACCUUCGGUCUGGCAUGCGAACGCUUAACCUUCAGACCAAUUGUGUCAGUUUCUAACCUCAAUCAAUCCAACACAUUGCGCGGCCAUUUUUCAUUGUCUUCAGUGAGUAACUGCGUCACACUCGACAUAGAUUAACUCCACUGGUCAGAGGUUCCUUUUUUACUUAGUCCUUGUAAUUAUGUCUAAUCAUGUAGCUUUUAUUAAAAAUAAUAUACAGGAGUGUCCAUCAAAUAAAGAUGUACGAAUUGAAUGUAUUGUUGUUUUUAGAAAUAUUGGAAAUGGAUUUAGUUGUCGAUGGAAAAUGUAACUUCCAUUCGGGAAGUAAGACAGAUAUUAACUAACAUCAUUAUAAUCGAGUUCUGUGACACCUAAUCGUUAAUUAUCUGAUAUAUAUAGGCUUCGUUUCAUGAAACGUAUUGAUGGUUCACUUGUAGAUGAAAAAUUGUAUAUAAAAAGGCAGAAAGGAAUGGUUAAUUAAUAGAAUAUGUUUGGAACUCAUUCUUCGCAAAGUCAGCUUAAAGUGUAUCGUGAAUUUAGGGAAACAGAUUUGUUUUUUUAUACUGGCUAUUUGAUGGCAUGAAAUAAAUAUAUAUAAAUAUAUUUGUUUUGUUCACAAGUGACUGAAAACUUUAAAUUAUAUGGUUGAAAUGCUGUCACACUGUUCCAAAUAUAUUUAAUCUUUUGCUUUUAUUAAGUUCUCUGGGCCCGAUGGUUAAAUUGCAGAGUUUCCACCGUCAUUCUGGAUAAUAUUGUCCGUGCUUACUUAGUAUAGAAGUGAAGUUUUGAGUUAUUUUACUAGCCUUUAACUCACUUUAUUCUGCUGUCCUUACUUGUAAUUGUUAUUCUUCAUAGGUUUUAUUGUCUGCAUUUGACUUUGUAUUCAAAUAGACUUUUUUUCUGUUAACCUUUAAUCAUAAUGUUAAUUGAUCUUAUAUUAAUAUUUUGCCAGAUGAGAUCCAAUUCACCGUCUUUCCUUUUCAACAACUCGGUUUCCAUUUUUCAUUUUCUACUUUUCAACCAUAUCCUCUUAUCUAGCCUUUCUUAUUACCAUUCAUAAUGCUUUUUUCGGGCCCUUUUCUAUUCAUCUUGUUGUGUUGAUGUAAUGUGGCAGCUUCACAUGAUCUGUAAGGUGGUGAUUGGUAGAGGUAGUGAAAAAGAAACCCUCAAUCCAGGUUCUGUGCUAUGUGAUACUCGUCAGCAAGAUGUACUUGUGCUCUAUAUGCCUAAAUCAUGUUUUUAGAUCUUGACGAUUAGUACUGUGAUAACUAUCAUGAAAUAGUAUUUAGUGCAUUGUAAUUAUUAUAUUUGUGAGAUGUGUGUACGAAAACGAUAAGGCAAUUGCUUAUUUUUAUAGCUCUACUGUGGAUAGACCUCCGUAUCUUAUGUAGUUCGGUCGUAUACUACAAGUUAUGGCAAAUCCUCACCAGUAAUAUCCACAGUUUAGUGUUGUUUUAACCUAUCUAGUUACUCAAGCAAUAGUCCGUUGAUCUUUCGAGUGACAGGAAGCCUAGGUCUAUUUCUUAGUAUUAUUCAAGUAACUUAAUAACUAGCACGAUACAUAAGCUUGUCGUCGCCUGUAACCGUUCAACAUCAAAAUAAAGUGUACUCGAUGUUCAAUCGCUUUAUCUACUUGUCAUAGGGCGAUUUUAUCAGUAAAACUGAGCGAAUAGUACAAACUAGACAACCAUCAUACUAGUUACUGGUUAGUAUUGGUAAUUUAUUCUACCUGUUAUGAGUUGUAUUAUAAUUGGAAGUCGAUUUAUUUGAUCAUUGAACUGUUUCUCUAGUAAACUAAAUGAACUCAGAUCUUAAUCAUUUAAUAUAGUAAUACAAAAUGAAAUUUAAUUCAUGCAAAGUAAUACAUUUAAUGUUUAUUGUUAACUACUUUUACUGAAAAAGUUGUUGAUAUCUUUGAAUUUAUCAGCAACUUGAAAUUCUAUGUAGCUUUGUUUGUAUUUUUCUACAUUAGCAUCAUGCUGUUCAAAAUGCACUUCGACGUCCAACAGACAAAAGUAAUAAUUUAACCUCAGGUCAACAGAAUUCACAAGGACAUUUCCAACAGCAAAAUUUGAAUAGAAGAGCUAAUUCGCCGAACAAGGUGUUUACAAAUCCAAAUCAUCCAGACAGUGCUUCAUUGCGUGAUCCACAAAAGGUGAAUCAAUGGCGUCAUCAUUUGUGUAAUGGACCUUGGUUUGGUUGUUAUGAAACUGGUAGGUGUUUUAAAUUAUAUUUUUUAAUUUAUUUAUUUGGUAAGUAUGAAAACUCUACCUCUUCCCUAUUAAAGACUAAUACGUCCCGAGUGUUAAGAACUGAAAUCGGAUGUUUAAAUAAACAACUUACGAAGUUCUAGUCAUCUAACUUUUAACUGGUGAUGUAUUAUGCAAAACGUUCAUGAAGAUUUACGUUAAAAGAUACCCUUAUUAAAACGCUAAUUUAUGUAGAAUAAAUUUCCUCAUAAAUUUUGGUAGAUAGCUAUUCUAUUCAUUUGUUUUAAUAUUUACUUAGCUAAACGUUUAAGAAAGCAAAUGGAAUCCGGUCACAUAGUAGUUGAACGUCAUGGUAAGUUCUAUUUGAUUACAUUUGGAUUUGUGUAAACAGCAUUAUAUGCGUAUUCUUUUGCUUUCUUUAACCUAAUGUAUUCUUAUAACUGUGAAACAGGAUUUGUGGUUUUAAUCUUCACCUUCCGAAACUUGAUGGAGUGAUGACUUAGUGGUUAAGUCCCUAGUUUGAACCUCACUCCAACUAUUUCGCCUUAGGCAACCAGGUAAUAGUAUUAUUAGCCCACGAUUGAAGUGUGGCUCAUACUUCGAGUACCUGCUGGAUGAGUUAAUUUAAUUUUUACUCAAAACUAUAGGUAUGGCCUUUAGUUUCAUCUUAAUGUUCUGUCAUUUUAGUCAAAUUGUAUCUUCAACACGUACAUCUUUAUAUCUAAACAAUACAUUGUAUUUAUUCUUCUAGUCUAUUAUCCACGUUUGUCAAUAAUUUGACGUCUAGAUUUGUAGCCCACGAAAAUGAUCUGCGUUCUUUGAGCUAAAUUGCUUAGUUGUAAAGCGUUCAUUCUGUUUCCUAAAUAACACCAUGUUAAUAAAACAAGCUGUUGUUUGCUUAUGAAGUUCUAACAGCUCAUUUCUAUGUGAAGUUUGUAAUGAUGAUGUUGUCUAGAAAGGCAAUACAACUUCAAUGGCUAGAUCACCCUGCUCACAGAACUCAACUCCACCAAAAUCAAUCUUACAUUGUAACAAGUUGAAUUCAAUUAUGUUCAGUACUGUUGAACCUAGACUAACUAAAUAAAAUUAUCCCAAAGAUGGAAUAAAUAUUUUUCAAGCAGGAAAUAUAAAACUUAUCAUCUAUAUACCUUUAAGAUCGGUAAAAAUGAUUUUCAUAUUUUGUAUGGACAGGUAACCAAUAUGGUUAUAUUUUAGACUUUCAUUUUAAUAAAUUUCUCCCAAAAUAUUCUUUUUACAUUCCGGAGUUUUCAUUAAAGCUGUCUUAUCUUCUGAUACCAGUUUAGUUGGAGGCUCAUAUUAAUAAUUUGGUCUCACGAACAGUUAUUACUUGGCCACAUUACAUAAUAUCAGUCUUCAAACAUUUGUUCAUUACAAAUCAUCAAAGUCUAAUUCAGAGCGAACAGAAUCAUGUCAGCAAAGAAGAAAUGGUAAUACUGUGUACAGAAUUUGUAGAAGAGCUUAUUGACAAACAAAUUUAUUUACUGAAUAUGUUGCUCUGUAUUAUCAGGCGGACCGUAAAUACAAUGAUCUCUACUUUACAUCUAAUAAUACCUGAUGCUUAUUAUAUAUGUCUGCUAGUUAUAGUAAACACCCGAUUGUACUAAAGGUUUUUGCCAAAUAUGAUUUAUACAGUAAUGUCGAUAUGAUGUUUGAUUUUUUUCAGGACUACAAGGGUUCAUAUUUUCUGCAAAACCUCCAAGCACUGAAGACUCAUGUAUUGAUUCAGAAUCCCAGCCUGUUACUUUAGGAAAUGUACGUGCACGUUCUGUAAUGGAAAGAAUUAGGCAAAAAUUGACUGGCACUGAAAGAGAUCAAGUGAUGAGCGUUUCGGCUCAAGUAGACUUCCUUAUACGUGAAGCAACUUCAAAUCAAAAUUUAUGCCAGAUGUAUAUAGGCUGGUGUGCUUUCUGGUGAUACACUAAUUUUAUUCAAUGAUCAAUUCAUCAAUCAGCUAUUGUAUUUUUCUUUUAACGUUACCAGUGAAUUAUUUAUGAAAGUGUAAAUUUACUUUAUCAGUUAACAAAUUGGUUUUCAUCUAAAACAUUGUACAUUUUUGUUGAUUAAAAAUACUUUCUUAUUUAAAAGAAAAGCCAGGUUUUCUGA